CAGUUCAGCAGCGUCCUCCUCAGCUCAUCUCGGAUCUACUGGAAGACAUGGGGGCUGAGUCUCACAGCCAUCACUGACAGCGGGGACAGCUGAGAGUCUGCUUACACCCACAGAAUAACACGGAGAGCCUCUUUCACACCCAGCUGCAGCUCAGGCCUGAACAUGGAGUCUAUGCUGAACAAGCUGAAAAGCACCGUCACAAAGGUGACAGCGGAUGUCACCAGCGCGGUCAUGGGCAACCCGGUGACGCGGGAGUUCGAGGUCGGACGUCACAUCGCCAGCGGGGGUCCUGGCUUGUGUUGGAGGAUCUACAACGGCACCAAGAAGUCCACCAAACAGGAAGUGGCGGUGUUUGUGUUCGACAAGAAGACGGUUGAUAAGUACCCGAAAUUUGAGAAGGACCAAAUCGUCGACUCUCUGAAGAAAGGCGUGCAGCAGCUGACGAGGCUGCGUCACCCUCGUCUCCUGACUGUGCAGCAUCCUCUUGAGGAGUCACGAGACUGCUUGGCGUUCUGCACGGAGCCGGUGUUCGCCAGUCUGUCGAACGUGCUGGGCCAGUGGGAGAACUUACCCAGCCCGAUACCCAACGACAUCAAGGAGUACAAACUGUACGACGUGGAGACCAAGUACGGCCUGCUACAGAUCUCAGAGGGUUUGUCCUUCCUCCACAGCGGGGUUAAAAUGGUCCACGGUAACUUAUGCACAGAGAACAUCAUCCUGAACAAGAGCGGAGCCUGGAAGAUCAUGGGCUUCGACUACAGCAUCUCCUCCACUAACCCCUCAGACGCUGAGCCUAAAUACACGUGUAAAGAGUGGGAGCCCAACCUCCCUCCACUCUGCCUCCCUAACCCCGAGUACCUGGCCCCCGAAUACAUCCUGUCCGUCAGCUGUGACUCCGCCUCCGACAUGUACUCCUUGGGUGUGGUUAUACACGCCGUGUUCAAUGAGGGCAAGCCUGUUUUCCAAGUCAACAAGCACGACAUAUUUAAGAGCUUCAGUCGGCAGCUGGACCAGCUGAGCACCAUGAGUCCAGCAGUGUUGAACAAGCUCCCAGAAGAAGUACGAGAGCAUGUGAAAAUGCUGCUCAGUGUCACACCCAACGUGCGACCAGACGCAGACCAGAUGACCAAGAUCCCGUUUUUUGACGACGUCGGUGCUGUGACCCUGCAGUACUUUGACUCCCUUUUCCAGAGAGACAACCUCCAGAAGUCCCAGUUCUACAAAGGCCUCCCUAAAGUCCUGCCCAAACUACCUAAGAGAGUGGUGGUGUAUCGGAUCCUGCCAGCGCUGACCUCUGAGUUCGUGAACCCUGACAUGGUUCCCUUCGUGCUCCCCAACGUGCUGCUGAUCGCAGAGGAGUGCACCAAAGAGGAGUACAUCCGUCUCAUCCUCCCUGACCUCACGCCUGUCUUCAAGCAGCAGGAGCCCAUUCAGAUCCUGCUGAUAUUCCUGCAGAAGAUGGACCUGCUGCUGACCAAGACGCCAGCGGAGGACAUUAAGAGCUGUGUCCUGCCGAUGGUGUACAGAGCUCUGGAGGCCCCUUCAGUACAGAUCCAGGAGCUGUGCCUGAAUAUCAUCCCCACGUUCGCAAACCUGAUCGACUACCCCUCCAUGAAGAACUCGCUCAUCCCUCGGAUCAAAUCAGCCUGCCUGCAGACCACAUCGCUCGCUGUUCGAGUGAACUCUCUGGUGUGUUUGGGGAAGAUCUUGGAGUAUUUAGACAAGUGGUAUGUCAUUGAUGAGAUCCUGCCCUUCCUGCAGCAGAUCCCCUCCAGAGAACCUGCAGUCCUCAUGGGGAUUUUAGGAAUCUAUAAGUGCACCUUCAGUCACAAGAAGCUGGGCAUCCCCAAAGAGCACCUGGCCAGCAAGAGCCUUCCCCACCUGGUCUCUUUGAGCAUAGACAACAACCUGAACCUGAACCAGUUUAACUCCUUCAUGGUGGUGAUUCGGGACAUGCUGAGCCGCAUGGAGACGGAGCAUAAAACCAAACUGGAGCAGCUGCACGCCAUGCAGGAACAACAGAGGAGUAUGGCCAGUAUCUCCACCACAGGGCAGCAGUCAGAGGAGGCGAAGAGCCCACCCAGCAGUGGAAACCAGAUUGAUGAUAUCUUCGGCAGCAGUGGAGCUAACGGGAAGGAGAAUGGAGCGGCAUCAUCGUCGGCCCCGCAGCCUAACAGAAUGUCUCUGACUCUAGAAGAGAAACAGCGAUUGGCGAAGGAGCAGGAGCAGGCGGCCAAACUGAGGAGCCAGCAGCCUUUAGCACCACAGGCGAUCAAACCAGCCAACUCUAACAACUCACAGACUAAGGAUCUGACAAGCAGCCUUCUCAACAACAUGACGUCUCUGAACAGCCUGUCGAUGGCCAACACGCCACGACCUGCCCCAAUCCAGGGCACCACCAUCACUGCCUACCCCUCCUCCAGCCCCAUGAUGGGCACAAUGGGAGCCCCAGUCUCCAAUGGCUUCAACCCAACCCCCAUGGGCUUCCAGUCGGGAGGCAUGGGGAUGGGCAUGCGGCCCCAAGGCCCCGGCCUCUAUGGCGGCAUGGCCACCACCACCAGCACUCCAAACUUUGGAGCCCUCACACAGAAUCAAGGACCCAUCGGGCAGUCAAACAAAGCCCCUGAUUUGUCUGCCUUAGACAGUCUUUUUUCACCCAGCCAGCCCAAAGUCACCCUUAACCAGAUGGGACCAAAGCCCGCGCCCGGCCCCAACACCCCUUGGCUCGGUCAGUUUGGAUCAGCCCAGAAUGCUCAGACUCAGAUGCAGGGGGCGGCGGUCGGCAUGGGAGGGAUGCAAAGCGGGUUCGGGAUGCAAGCGAACCCCUUUUUCAGCCCGCAGAACUUUUCCCAGCCGUCAGCAGCGCCCAGCAUGAACCAAAGUGGAAUUAAACAAAGUGCGUCCGUCAACAACGACCUGAAGGACUUGUUCGGCUAAAUGUGAAUCUGUGAAAGACGCCGGGUCGAGUAUAUUCUUAUAAAACAUUUGGACACGGCGGCCUGGACACUGUUUGAAUGUGACGAUUUGAAUCCUUUCAGGGGUGGAGCUGUCUGUUUUUUAAAUCCGACCUGGUUUGAAGUUUGACGUGGGAACAUUUCCUGCACCUGAAUUCCAUUUCUACUUGACCACAUGGACGAACGGUCGGGGGUUGGAGCGUCGUCUUCUUCUUAUGCUGUGUUCUUUAAAUGCUGGGGGUUUCCUACUGUUUUUGUACUCGACAUUCUCGGAAGAUCAAACGCCGGGGUUCCAAAUUAAUCCCAAAAAAACCUCCCAAAGUUUGAUGUUCAAAUAUUGAAAGAUUGAGCGGAUCAGAACAUCAGAGUUGGCAGAAAAAAAAGAUGAGAAAAGUGGCUUCAUUUCAGGCUUCUCUACCUUCCUUUGCUCCUGAUUUAUUUUAGGAUCUGCAGCAUGUCUAACGUGAUCAGCCGCUAAAGCACUAAAAAUACGAGCCCCAGUGGGAGGUAGCUUGAAGUGUAGCACUGACAGGCCUGCAGGUGGCUGAUCUGCAUCCAGGAGGCUCCUCUGUAUCCAAGAGGCUCCUCUGUGGAGAAACCUGAGACGGUAUCCUGCCUCGCAGGUGUGCUUUUUUUUUAAAGGGAUGACCAAGUAGCCCCCUAAAAAAACCCUCCAUUUUCGGGGACAAGAAUUGGCUAAACUCUGCGCUCCCUCCCUCCUUUUUGUCCUCUUUGAUCUCUUUCUUUUUUAUCUUCUUAGACUUCAAAGCGUUUUGUUUUUGCAAACAUCAGAGCAAGCUUGCAGAGAAAAGGGAAAGCUAUGUUGUUGUCUUUUUUUUCCCAGCAACCAUCUCACCUCUGCAAAAAUCAGUCUGCAGAAAAGCAAAAAAAUAUUCGGAAUAUAGGUCCUCCCGUAAAAUCUGGAACAUAGGUCCCACUGUUAAAUCUGGAACAUAGGUCCCACUGUAAAAUCUGGAACAUAGGUCCCACUGUAAAAUCUGGAAUAUAAGUCCCCCUGUAAAAUCUGGAAUAUAGGUCCCACUGUAAAAUCUGGAACAUAGGUCCCACUGUAAAACCUGGAAUAUAGGUUCCACUGUAAAAUCUGGAAUAUAGGUUCCACCCUAAAAUCUAGAAUAUAGGUCCCACUGUAAAAUCUGGAAUAUAAGUCCCACUGUAAAAUCUGGAAUAUAAGUCCCCCUGUAAAAUCUGGAAUAUAGGUCCCCCUGUAAAAUCUGGAAUAUAGGUCCCACUGUAAAAUCUGGAACAUAGGUCCCCCUGUAAAAUCUGGAAUAUAAGUCCCCCUGUAAAAUCUGGAAUAUAGGUCCCACUGUAAAAUCUGGAAUAUAAGUCCCCCUGUAAAAUCUGGAAUAUAAGUCCCCCUGUAAAAUCUGGAAUAUAGGUCCCACUGUAAAAUCUGGAACAUAGGUCCCACUGUAAAAUCUGGAAUAUAAGUCCCCCUGUAAAAUCUGGAAUAUAGGUCCCACUGUAAAAUCUGGAACAUAGGUCCCACUGUAAAAUCUGGAAUAUAAGUCCCCCUGUAAAAUCUAGAAUAUAGGUCCCACUGUAAAAUCUGGAAUAUAGGUCCCACUGUAAAAUCUGGAAUAUAGGUCCCACUGUAAAAUCUGGAACAUAGGUCCCACUGUAAAAUCUGUAAUAUAGGUUCCACCCUAAAAUCUAGAAUAUAGGUCCCACCCUAAAAUCUAGAAUAUAGGUCCCACCUUAAAAUCUAGAAUAUAGGUCCCACAGUAAUAUUCAGAAUAUAGGUCUCACCGUAAAAUCUGGAACAGAGGUCCCACUGUAAAAUCUGGAAUAUAGGUCUCAACGUACUAUUCAGAAUUUAGGUCCCCCCGUAAAAUCUAGAAUAUAGGUUCCACAGUAAUAUUCAGAAUAUAGGUUCCAACCUGAAAUCGAGAAUAUAGGUCCCACAGUAAUAUUCGGAAUAUAGGUCUCAAAGUACUAUUCAGAAUAAAGGUCGAAUAGAAUGUAGGUCCCAUCUUAAUAUUCAGAAAAUAGGUCCCAUCCCCCCAAAAACCCUCCAUUUUCGGGGACAAGAAUCUGCUAAACUCUGCGCUCCCUCCCUGCUCUCUUCCCUCCUCUUUGAUCUUUCUUUUUUAUCUUCUUAGACUUCAAAGUGUUUUGUUUUUGCAAACAUAAAAGCAAGCUUGCAGAAAAAGGGACAGCUAUGUUUUUUUUUCCCAGCAACCAUUUCACCUCUGCAAAAAUCAGUCUGCAGAAAAGCUUCGGACCGGAAGAUUGCAAAACGAAGAACGAGGACCACUUGCGCUGUUUUAGGCUGACGUGCCUUACGUGGGUCCACGUGUCAAACUGGACAGAAAGCUCUCACCUGUUACACAAGUAUUAAUAUUUGACCCUUUGAGUUAGCUUUGUCUCGUGUAACUGGAAUCGACCUGAACUUUCAAAUACAUUUCCAUUUGAUUGAAGCGACCAAUCACAGCUCACGCUCUCGUUCGCUCUGACGAGUACAGAGAAGAAGAUGUUCAACACAUGUUUGAUUUCUGCACUCUCCAGCCGUCAGAGGAGGAGGCGCCGUGCUGGUUCAUGUCAUUACGAAGUGUAAAUAUUGAGUUAUUUUAAAAGCGGAUCACUCGGAGGGCCGUGAGAUUACGACGUCCUCGUGAUGACGGCGAAAGAGGCCUUAGAUGAGUCAUGUGCAAUAAUCCUUAACAGUUGAGGGUGCACAUCAGUUGUGUCCUUACUUUCAUCUCCAUCAUCGACCUUCAGUGACUUAGGUCAGCUUUUCUUAACGUUGAUGUGUACUCAUUUUAAAUCUCACAUUCUUGAAGGUUGUUUUUUUUUUUAGACGCACCUUGGCCAUGAUGAUGUGUUGCUGACUAUGAUUGUUGUUAACAUGCUUUAGUGUAUCGUCUGUAUGAGUCAAUGUUCCUUUCUCCUUCCAGCCUCGGGGCGGAGGUGUUACUCGCUUGUGAGUAAGACUUCUGUUCAAGUCCAGGUUUCUGUUUCUGAGAGUACGUGGAGUCGGACGUCCUGAUUGGAUGGUGUGUCACAUAUCCAGGUGGAACUCCAAAGCAGAGACUGAAUCUGAUUCCUCUCAAAAGGUUGUUUGUACACCGCUGCUGUCCUACAUGUGUAGUGUGGCCCUUUGUUUUCUGUGUGAAGGUGCUGGUCUCUGAGGUGGUUCAAUGAAAUCUGUACAUAUAUAAAAAAAAAGUACACAAUCUAA